CCCCCCCCCCAUUGCAUCCUCUCUGUCUCUCUCCCCGGCUUCCAUUCUCUUCCAUUCUUCCUCUCCGUAUCUCUUUUCUGUUGUUUCGCCAGACCCGGCUUCCAUUCUCUUCCAUUCUUCCUCUCCGUAUCUCUUUUCUGUUGUUUCGCCAGAUUCUUCUAUUUUUUUUCAAUUCACUCUCUUUCCCUCCCCUGAUCCGUGACUUCCGUUUUGUUACAUUCCCCACCGGCUUUAGGGUUGCGCUUCGUUGCCGUGCCACGCUGUAGCUAUGUCAGUGUGAGGGUGAGGGUGGGGGUAGUUGGGAGUGGAUUAAGUGGGGAGUGCUGCUGCAACAGCAGCGACGGCGGGGUGAAGGGUGAUGGAGGAUUUGGAACACGGAGUGAAUGUGGCGAGGGUGGCAAGAGUCGGGGCUGCUUCCCCUACUCCCCAACGACCUGGGAAGAAGCUGGAUGUGUGCAAGGGCGUGCUGCGCAUCUUAAGACAGAAUGGUCACCCUGUCGUCCAGGAGCCUGGUUUUGCUGAGGCGCUGCAAGCUCACUUUAAUAGUCUACCUACCAGGUAUUCUGUAGAUGUGAAUAUCGAACGAGCAGAAGACGUGUUGAAUCACAAGGUUCUACUUUCGAAGGCUCAAGUUCCAGAAAAUCGACCUGUAUUUUCAGUUCGAGCUGUUCAUGUUUUCAACCCGGAAUCGUCGGACCCAUCUUCCUCUAAUCAGCAAAAUGAGGAUGAAGUUUCAAGUCGCUCCCCAUCCAAAUUGAACAUUCAUGCUCCGGCUUUUGGAUCAACAGUCAAUCUGGAGUCUUUAGCUUUAGAUUAUCACAAAGCAACCCCAAUGAACAUUGACGACAAUGACAGCAGCCAUCACUCUCAGAGUCAAUCUUAUCCUCAUUUGCCAAUGCACGAGGUUACAUUUGCAACUAUUGACAAACCCAAGCUUCUUAGCCAGCUGUCAGCGUUGUUAGCAGAUGUGGGUCUCAAUAUUAGGGAGGCUCAUGUUUUCUCCACAACAAGUGGCUACUCUCUUGACGUCUUCGUUGUGGAUGGCUGGCCCUCGGAGGAAACAGAAAGGCUGCAAUUGGCUUUGCAUGAAGCUAUUGCGGAAACAGAUAAAAAAGUCUGGAAGAAACCCUCCCCUGGAUCCGAGUCGCCUUCUCGUGCUGCUACCGAUGUGAAAGUAGAUGUUGGGAACAGUAUUGUACUAUCAUCAACUAUAAGCAACCCAGACGACUGGGAGAUUGACAGCAGUCAGCUAAAAUUGACUUCCAAGAUUGCCAAUGGAUCAUUUGGUGAACUGUUUCGAGGGACAUAUUGUGGCCAAGACGUAGCAAUUAAGGUCUUGAAGCCUGAGCGAUUGAGUGACAACUUACAAAGAGAAUUUCAACAGGAGGUCUCUAUCAUGCGGAAGGUUCGACAUAAGAACGUGGUUCAGUUUAUUGGUGCAUGCACCAGGCCCCCCAACUUGUGUAUUGUAACAGAAUUCAUGUCCGGGGGGAGUGUUUAUGAUUAUCUUCAUAAGCAGAAAAAAACGUUAAACAUGUCUAUUCUGCUACGUUUUGCAAUCGACGUGUCAAAGGGAAUGGAUUAUCUACACCAAAAUAAUAUAAUCCAUCGUGAUUUAAAGGCUGCGAAUCUUCUGCUGGACGAGAAUGAGGUGGUGAAGGUGGCGGAUUUUGGUGUGGCAAGAGUGCAGGCUCAGUCUGGUGUAAUGACUGCUGAGACUGGUACUUAUCGAUGGAUGGCACCUGAGGUUAUUGAGCACAAACCGUACAAUCGCAAGGCGGAUGUUUUCAGCUUUGGCAUUGUACUUUGGGAGCUUCUUACUGGAAUGGUGCCAUAUGCAGACUUAACUCCACUUCAAGCAGCUGUGGGGGUAGUUCAGAAGGGUUUGAGGCCAAUCAUACCUCCACAGACCCUCCCAAAAUUUGCGGCAUUGCUAGAACGUUGCUGGCAAAAUGAUCCUGCAGAGAGACCUGAUUUUUCCACCAUUACAAAAACUUUACAAGAGAUUUUGAAAGAAGUUGGAGACGCUGGAGAUGCUGAAAACAGAGGGAAGGACAAAAAACUAGGUGGUCUCUUUUCACAUUUGAAGCGAAGCAUCCACUAGCGAAGUUGAUUUACAGUCCUAUAUCUUUCCUUUGCUGAAACUCUAAGUGAAUCUGUGGUAUGGCAAGCAUUCUUCUAUCCUCCAUUUGUUAUCUCCUCGCUUUGUGCUCGUAUGCAGUCUAUCAGUGUCACGUUAUUUUAAUAUGAUGCGACAUUGCCAAAAGAUUUUCUGGACACUCCAGUUGCACUUGAUUAGGACUGCACGUUAUCUGGUUUGUUAACUGCAGUUAGUCAUAGCCUUCACCACUGGCUGCAUUCUGAUUCUCUUUGGUCGUGUUCUGCUAUCGAGCCUGUUGUGCUAUUGUGUUCAUAUUGGAGAGCUUGAAUAAGUGUCGUUCUAAUGAGAUGAACAUUUUGUUAGAACGUCAUUCACCACA